CCUUAACGAGUUGUCGGUUGUGUUUGUCAUGACAUCGUGUAAAUGUUCUUCUGCAUAAACCUCAUCUUUCAGCUGCCCACCUGCAUAUUACACUCAACCCGCAACAUUACCGAGCCAGCCCUAUCCAACAAUCGCGGUCUUGUUCUCCCCUCACUGCAUGGACAAAGACUCGGAUAUGUAUUUUUGCUCAAAGGUCCUUGCAUGGCCUCCACAGCAAGAAUGACCUGUGUAUCUAUCAGGUGAUGUUGAAAUCCAUGCAGUUACUGCCUGAGUGUCCAUCACUGCCACUACAUUUGUCAAUGACCGCAAGGCGCAAGCGCAAAGCUAUCGAUGAAGCUGAGCUGCCGGAGAAGAGGUACGGAAGACACAAUGCAUCAUGAUGGACAUUAACACUUGAAGA